AUGGCACAUGCAAGUAUUUUACCUGCACAUUUUGUAGAUUGCCGGACUGUAAUGUCUCUGCCAGCUUUAGCAAGACCUCAGCCUUGUCCUUAUCCCCAAGAUCCAUCUGAAGACAAAUAUCAAUAUCGCUUUUUGAAAAGCCGAAUGAGUUGGCACAGGAUCCAUAUAGGUGUAAUCGAGCCUCAGGCCAUUCUUUGCCAACUAGCUUCUCCAAUACCGUCAAUAACUGUUUUUGCUUUAUUUUUUCUUCAUCGGGAGGGAUUAAAGACUCAAACACGAGAGAAGCUCAUAGUCCAGAAUCAUCUUCAAGUCUCUUCUCAACAGAAUUGUCUUCAACAGCCAAAGAACCCACAAGCCGAUCCAAACCCUCCUAUGCAAAACAUCCCCAAUAUUAUCCGGCGGGACAUCAAGAAUCAGCGACCCAAAUACGAGAUUUUCACCCAGCUGCUGCUGAUGCGAGCUGGAAUGUCCCGCGUACGACCGGUUUUGUGGGAAGUAAUUGUGCGGAGCAAGUGGCGGGGAGGUGGAGUGAUUCCACGCGGCGUAAGUGAGAUCGCGUCCGUCGGAAGGGAAUGCCGCAACGUGCGGCGGGUAGAAGGCGGAGAUUGUGGGGCCGACCGCCGCGACGGCGGGGUCCUGGGAGGGCGUCUGAGAAGGCUGCUGAUGUGGCGGGUGAGUCUGAGGGUUGGGAUUUUGGGAUUUUCGGAGGAGCUGGAGGAGGAACUCUCCGCCGUUCGCCGGCGGCGUGUCGCCUCCUCUGCCAGUGUUCAUGGCGGCGAGAUUAGAAGUGAUCGGAUAAAAUUGCCAUCAGUGUGCCUGCUUUUGUUGCAAUAA